UAGUAGAUAAUAAUGGAUGUAUUUUUGUGUAUGUAUAAUAUAACAAGCCCUGUAAAUGGUACUAUGUUAUCUAGUUUAAUCCAAUUUGAACCUUAUUUAUUAUAUUACUAUGCUAAUUACACAAAGAAAUUUAAGUGUAGAGAAAUUCAAUGACUUGUAGAACAUUAGAUGUCACAUCUGAGGUUAAAUUCAGUCCUGCCUUUUUUUUUAAGUUGAACUUAUUUUCAGGUUAUGAAAUCCUGAUUCUAUAUUUUACAACCUGGUUUUAUUAAUAGAAGAAAAAUCCUUAUUACUUCCAACAAAUUACUCCCUCUUUUUCUUGGAUACAGUUAGACUUGGAUUCACUGUGCUUCCCGAGGUCACUGAUCUAAAAUACAUACAGGAUCUAAUAUACAACCUUAGUAGGUGAGGGAUAAGACUCACAGAAUGAAGAUUUUGGAUUUGAUUUAGUAAUAUUCUGAAGAUUGAAUCCCAAGCUUACCCAAAUUCUGACCUCAGUGGGCAUCAAGUUUAAAGAGAGCACAGCUCAUAUAUCCUUCUUGAGAUCUGUAAUGUCUAACGUGGUACCUGGCAUGAAAGGCAUAUUUGUUGUUUUAAGCCAUGAAUUUUGUGGUAUAUUGUUAUAGUAGCAAUAGGAGAUGAAUACGCUAUAUAAUAGAGUACCUAGUACCUCUUUCUAUUUACCUUCCCCUACUUUACUUUCCUUCAUAGUGCUCAUCAUCAUUGUAAAUAAUAUAUCAAUACAAAUAUAGUAUAUCAAUAUGUCCUUAUUUAUUUCUCUAGUAAAAUGUAAGCUCCAUGAAAACAUGGCAUUUGUCUUGUUCACUGCUUCAUCUCUAACAAAUAUAACACUUCUUGGUUCAGAGUAGUAAGUAAUAUAUAUUUAUUCAAUGUAUUAAAGCAUACAUGAAUGAAUUUAUUAAUAUUUAACCAAAAAUAUUGUUGAAUUAGUAUUUUAUUGUGUCAAAAAAAAGCACGUGAAAGUAAGCAAGAGCCUACAUUUUUGAAAGUAAGACAUAGCUGAUAGAGUUUUGGUACCUCAAACUCCCACCUUGCCUCUACAUUGAAUUUUGGGGUUUGCUGUUUUAAUGCUGAUAAAAAACAAAGAUGCAAAGGUGAAAUUAUAUAAAGAUACAAAAAGGAGGGGUUUUCAAGUUAAACUGUAUUUCUAUUUUUGGAUUAGCCGUAAUACUAAAUAGUAAAUAUUAAGUUGUUCUUCUUCUUUCUCCCAACUCAACUUUGUUGCAAGGCACAGUCGUUAAUCUUCCAUGUGGAGAAUCUGAGCAGAAGGUGAGGAAAAAAAAUCUGAUAUUUGAGAUUUGGAAAGGAAGAGGGCUGCAUAUUGUGAAAGUCGGUAUCAUGAGUUAACUGGGUGUGAAAAAAUAGGAACAAAGUAGAAGAGGAUAAGAAAAUAAUUUCUACCAAAGAGUGCCACAGUUUGUAGCCCAUGUAAGCAGAGGACUUGUGUAUGUCACAGAAUGAAUCAGAGGUUUAGGGCAAGGCAUAUCUGGGUUUGACUUUCAGUUCUACCAAUUAAUACUUUUGUCAUCUACGAGAGUUUACUUAUCCCAAUUUUUAUGAUAUGGAACCUGAAAAGUAUGGAAUAAAAUAAUCUCUAAUUCCAAAAAUUUAGCUCACUAUAGAUGGAUUGUCUAGGACACAUAUGGUCGACUGCUGAAGUUAUUUUUCUUCAUCCAACUACAGGGUAAACUUAAAUACUCCAUGCUAUUAUGGACACCAGAUCAUGGAGUGAUAUCAUCUCGUCCUACAACUAAACAGCUAUAAAUACCUGCAUAUAUGGCAAGUUGGAAUCAUACAAGUGUGAAGGAAUUUCUUCUGGUGGGUUUAACUGAAAAUCCUAAUUUGCAAAUCCCUCUCUUUUUGCUUUUCAUGCUUAUUUAUUUCAUCACUCUGGUAGGUAAUUGGGGCAUGAUCAUAUUGAUCUGGCUAAGUGCCCAACUUCGUACUCCAAUGUACUUCUUCCUUAGCAACCUCUCUUUUUGUGAUAUCUGCUACUCUACUGUCUUUGCUCCUAAGAUGCUGGCGAAUUUCCUAUCAAAACACAAGUCCAGCACAUUUUCUGGCUGUGUUCUCCAGAGUUUCUUUUUUGCAGUGUAUGUGACCACAGAGGGCAUCGUCCUCUCUAUGAUGGCUUAUGAUCGCUAUGUAGCAAUAGCCAAUCCCUUGUUGUAUACGGUCAUUAUGACCCAAAGGCUUUGUAUUCAGAUGGUCCUUGCAUCUUACUUGGGUGGUAUCGUUAACUCACUGACACAUACAAUAGGUUUGCUCAAACUAGACUUCUGUGGUCCUAACAUUGUGAAUCAUUAUUUCUGUGACAUUCCUCCUCUUCUGAAGCUCUCUUGCUCUGAUACCUAUAACAAUGAAAUUUUGCUUUUGAUAUUCUCUGGGGCUGUUGUAGUGUUCACUUUAACUAUCAUUAUGGUCUCUUAUAUCCACAUCAUCAUUGCCAUCCAGAGAAUCCGCUCAGCUGAGGGGAGACGCAAAGCCUUCUCCACUUGUGCCUCCCAUCUGACUGCUGUGAUCUUGUUGUAUGGGUCUGUGACCUUUAGUUACGUCCAGCCAAGCUCUCAAUCUUUCCUGGAACAGGAGAAAGUCUCUGCUGUGUUUUACACACUGGUAAUCCCCAUGCUAAAUCCACUGAUUUAUAGCCUAAGGAAUAAAGAUGUGAAAGAUGCAGCAAAAAGAUCAAUAUGCUGGAAGAAAAUCCCCACCUGA